AUGAGAGCUGCUGACAGAAUGGGGGCCAGGGCAGUGUCCAAGCUGCAGCUAGCACUGCUGUUUGUAUUGGUGCUGGGGACACCGAAGUCAGGGGUCCAGGGGGAGGAAGGGCUGGACUUCCCUGAGUACGAUGGUGUGGACCGUGUGAUCAAUGUGAAUGCAAAGAACUACAAGAAUGUGUUCAAGAAGUAUGAGGUACUGGCCCUCCUCUACCAUGAGCCCCCUGAGGAUGACAAGGCCUCACAAAGACAAUUUGAGAUGGAGGAGCUAACCCUGGAGUUAGCAGCCCAAGUCCUAGAAGACAAGGGUGUUGGCUUUGGCCUGGUGGACUCUGAGAAGGAUGCAGCUGUGGCCAAGAAACUAGGACUAACUGAAGAGGACAGCGUUUACGUGUUUAAAGGCGAUGAAGUCAUUGAGUACGAUGGCGAAUUUUCUGCGGACACUCUGGUGGAGUUUCUUCUUGAUGUCCUAGAAGACCCUGUGGAAUUGAUUGAAGGUGAACGUGAGCUGCAGGCAUUUGAAAAUAUUGAGGAUGAGAUCAAACUCAUUGGCUACUUCAAGAGCAAAGACUCAGAGCAUUACAAAGCCUUCGAGGAUGCAGCUGAGGAGUUUCAUCCCUACAUCCCUUUCUUCGCUACUUUCGACAGCAAGGUGGCAAAGAAGCUGACUCUGAAGUUGAAUGAGAUAGAUUUCUAUGAGGCCUUCAUGGACGAGCCUGUGACCAUCCCAGACAAGCCCAACAGUGAAGAGGAGAUUGUCAGCUUCGUGGAGGAACACAGGAGAUCAACCCUGAGGAAACUGAAGCCUGAGAGUAUGUAUGAGACUUGGGAGGAUGACCUGGAUGGAAUCCACAUUGUGGCCUUUGCAGAGGAAGCUGAUCCUGACGGUUAUGAGUUCUUAGAGACUCUCAAGGCUGUGGCCCAAGACAACACUGAAAACCCUGACCUUAGUAUCAUCUGGAUUGACCCUGAUGACUUCCCACUGUUGGUCCCGUACUGGGAGAAGACGUUUGACAUCGACUUGUCAGCUCCACAGAUAGGAGUUGUCAAUGUUACAGACGCGGACAGCAUAUGGAUGGAGAUGGACAAUGAGGAGGACCUGCCGUCUGCUGAGGAACUGGAGGACUGGCUGGAGGAUGUGCUGGAGGGUGAAAUCAACACGGAGGAUGAUGAUGACGAAGACGACGAUGAUGAUGACGACGACGAUGAUGACUAGUUGCUAUGGCAACCACCUACCAGCCCCACUUGCUCUUUACACGUGCCUUCCUACCCUCCACGCACUUCCCUGAGCUCCUCGGGACACUAGGUCAUUCUUUACUAUAGGGCCGACUGUGGUCUGUAUACAGGGUGCUUGAGGUCCUGGUCUCCUUCACUGGUGAGAAAAGGAGCUGCUUUUCCUGAGAUACCAGCCCAGUUCUUUCAUCUCUCCUGCUUCUUAUCCUAUACCUUAUCCGUAUCUACUGUUUCCUCUCCUGUCACUCCCCAUAUUUGUGAUUCUACUGCCAUUUCUUCUCUGUCCCUUCCAUCAACACAGUCUCCACUUUUCAAAUCUUAAACCUUUCUGACUGUCCUGACCUGGCCGGGAGAAGGGGAGGUACUGUGUUAAGGGAUGUAUCUCACCCAUCUCGUGUUAAUGUAUUUGGGUCAAAUGCAAGGCCUUAAUAAAGAGAUCUGGGGCAGAAUGA